CAUGAAACCCCUUUUGCCGCCGAUUGGGUCGUUGGGACCCUGUUCCGCCGCAUUUCCGUCUCAAAACAACGCUGCUGCUCCUCGAGACUUGCUCUUCGUUCUUCUCUUCGUCCUUCCUCCUCGUUCUUGAAGUCAAUUGAGGUUGCGAGCUUUGCGAAACCCCAGUGGUUCCGAGUCAUCUUCCCGAGCGCCUCACGAUGCUUCUCAACAGCUUCGCUGCGCUCUUUUUCGCUUCGAACGCCCUCCUUGGCGUGUCUGCUGGGCCUCUGGCUGCCAAGAGACAAGAUGGUAGCAGCUCUGUAACAGUAGCUUCCACCUCUUCGCAGGCGGCUGCGACCAGUUCGUCCGUCUCUCAGCAGCCUUCGGUCGGCCUGGUUGUGGGAACCAACAGCGAGGGCAAGACCACCACCUUUGAAGUCUUCGGGCCUCAGCCCACUGGCAGCGAAGCUACCACCACAGGAGAUGCUUCCGCCACUGCUACCGAGGAGGCCUCGAAGACGACCUACACCUUCUCACGCACCGGACAGCCAGCACCUAUCAGCACAAACUUCCCUGUCUGCCAUGACGCGAACGCAAGGCCCUUCUGUCUGCCGAACAACAUGUCCACCCUUUACGUAGGGAAGACUUACUAUGUGACUUGGAAUCCCGACUUCUUCGAACUGAAUUCCACCGUUACCGUCAAGAUCCAAUGGGCCAAUGAUUCGGCACAGGAAGCAUGGUCCUCGGACGUGACAGAGAACAGUUGGGGUGUCGUUGCUGUGAACAUGAAAAAGGAAUGGUUGCAAGGCUACUCCAUGUACAACUUGACAUUCCGCGCUUUGAACUUCAAAGGCGAUGAUCCGAACCAGGAAGCCAAACCCUUCGACGGCCCCAUGAUCACCCUCCAAAACGAGCCCCCGCGCCACUAUGCACCGCCGCCACAGAACUCGAUCAACAAGGAGGGCUUGAUGAUCGGCCUCCCGGUCGGCCUUGGGUUUGUCGUGGUCAUCGUGGUUGGGCUGUUCAUCGGGAUGCGCCAGAAACGCGUGAUUGGUCUGGGAAAUAUCAUGGGCCGCAACAGGGGCUAUGGGUCGGGUAAGAGCAAGAGACAGCGCCUCGGCUUGGGAAAGAAGGGCGCAAUUAGGCUUGAAGAAAGGGAGGCGCGGCCCCAAUAUCACGAUCCUCGUGAACACUCCCGGGGAGAUAGUCUCGGCAGUCUUGUGAGCGACGACGACAUUCGACCUGCUCCAGGGCAGAACCUCUUCAGGGACGAGAUUCAGAGGCAGCGUACAGGUCGUUGAACACACCACGUAGCGGGACCGGCCCUACGCGAGCAAUCUCGGGCGAGGUACGCAAUGAAAAGAUAUGUAUAGACGACGCGCGGAAUUAGACGACAAGCGAGGGCUGUAUGUAAUAUGAUCUAGUAUCUGCAUUUAGCGGGUUUGAAUGCAAUUGAUACAUCUAUCAAUUGCCUGAUAGAGCCUUCCCUGCGUAAAGAAGCACUAAGAUUAGCCUGCAU